AUGCUCGUGACAGUGACGAAUAGUGACGUCAAGCGAUGGGGUCUGCUACCGCCUCUUCAUCCGGAAAAUGAGGCUGCAAUUCCAGCCACGGAGAUGGCCUCAAAGGCAAGGGCACUGUUGCAGUUCGCGUCUCCUUGCGCUCCGCCAUUAUCACGCUACCUCCGACUGCCACCACCAACUCCAGGACCUGCCACUCGUGUUAUCACCGUCUCAAAUCUGCCGUCCCGGACACUCCUCCGGAUGAACCCUGUGGUCCCCGACCCCCUGCUCCACCUGCCCGACCCUCUAUCUCUCCGUCCCGUAUACUUCCUCUGCUCCCAUGCCCGCAAACCCCAACUGCAACUACCCCUUCAUCAGCCAACAACACUGUAA